GGCCAGACAGCUGUUAGUAUAUAUUGCUUCGUCACGGGCUCUUUUUUUUUCUUUUUAAUUUAAAGAUCCCUUAAAAAAAUCUUUUUUGUUUUAAAGAAGAGAGAAAUUGUGGUUUUGUUGCGUCGUCGUCGUCGUCUCUCUCUCUCUCUCUUCCCCGAUCCAAUCUUCUCCUUUGUCUCUCGACACAAACAAAGGAAACAGCUGAGAAAACUAUUAUCAUCAUCAUCAUCUCUCUCUAUAUCAUAAACCCUUCUUUUUCUCUCUAUCCUCUUCUUCUUCUUCCUCAUAUAUACUUGUCUUCUUUUUUCAAAUUUUACCAAUUCGUAAUCUCAUCUUCUGUUUCAUCUGCGAAUCUGAGCUUCCUUCUUCGUUUCUUUGGAGCUUCUGGACUCGUGAUCGGGUCUCUCUACUUGCUUACCUCUUUUCUCUUUCUAUUAGUCUCUCGCAUUUGUUCUCGAUUCGAUUGCAGCAGAAGAAACAAUCACUACUGUUUGUUUUCGUCGGUUCUGGAAGAUUUUUCUGGGGCUGCUUGAUUGUUUUUGCAAGUCCAUGGUUUAAAUCUCGGGAGCAAGAGAUUCGUGUUUUGCUUCAAACCCAACGAUACGUGGUCAAAGUUUUAGAGUAUCUUUGAUUGAAUUGCGUCUGAAUUGAAUUCGACAUUUUAUUUCGAUUUUGAAUAUUGGUGAAUGCUCCGGCGAGAUUAUUCUCUCAGCCCAUCGGCUUGGGCUUAGAUCUGUAAAUCAAAAGGAACCAAUAAUUGAGAAAUCAGCUAUGACCUCAUCGCCAUCAGUGGAGAAUGGCGGCUCAGGCUCCUCUGGAUCAUCUGCUCUUUUAGGCUGUAUGCAACAAUUCAAGCUCUUCGAGACUCAAGCGAAUUUCUAUAUGAUUGGUUGGAACGGUAGUGGAGUAUAUAGAAUACUUAAGAUAGACCGGCUCGAAGCAUCUGAGCUUAAUCUCAGAGAGGAUUCGACUGCGUAUACCAAAAAAGAAUGCUACGAGUUGCUUAAACGGAUACACGAAGGAAACAAGGCGACUGGUGGACUGAAACUUGUCACUGUUUGUUAUGGAAUCAUUGGGUUCAUUAAGUUUUUGGGACCAUAUUACAUGCUGCUUAUAACUGAAAGAAGAGAGAUAGGUGAAAUUUGUGGUCACAUUGUUUACGAAGUGUCAAAGAGUGAUAUGAUUGCAUUGCAACAUUCUAGCGUGCUUUGCAACACUGCAAAUUUAAGAGACGAGAACAGGUACAAGAGACUCCUGUGUAUGGUGGACCUUACGAAAGACUUCUUUUUCAGCUAUUCUUACAAUAUAAUGCGAAGUUUCCAGAAGAAUAUAUGCGACCAUGAGAGUGGAGGUACUCUCUAUAAGAAAAUGUUUGUGUGGAACGAAUUCUUGACUCGGGGAACUCGACAUCACCUUCGGAAUACCCUGUGGACUGUAGCAUUGGUGUAUGGGUUUUUUAAGCAGACAAUACUUUCCGAAGCUGGACGGAAUUUCAAACUCACUCUUAUUGCUAGGCGUUCCCGCCAUAAUGCUGGAACCAGGUACUUGAAACGAGGAAUAAACGAAAGUGGCAAUGUUGCUAAUGAUGUGGAAACAGAACAGAUAGUGUCUGAGGAUGUUCCAGUAGACCGUCCCAUGCAAAUAAGUUCUGUUGUGCAGAAUCGUGGCUCAAUCCCUCUAUUCUGGUCACAGGAGACCUCACGGAUGAAAGUUAAGCCUGAUAUAGUAUUGUCAAAAAGGGACCUGAACUAUGAGGCAACUAGAGUUCACUUUGAAAAUCUUGUGGAGCGUUAUGGAGUCCCCAUCAUUAUUCUGAACUUGAUCAAGACCAACGAGAGGAAACCCAGGGAGUCGAUUCUCCGGGCAGAGUUUGCUAAUGCAAUUGACUUUAUAAACAAAGAUCUGCCGGAAGAAAAUCGGCUUAGAUUCCUCCACUGGGACUUGCACAAACAUUUUCACAGCAAAACAGAAAAUGUAUUGGCACUUCUUGGAAAAGUAGCUGCCUGUGCUUUGAUGCUAACAGGUUUCUUUUAUUAUCAACUUACACCAGCAAUGAAGCUUGAGGGUUAUAUGAGCUUGUCUUCGUCUGAUGCCGACACGUCUCCACAUAAUAGUUCUGAUGAUGAUAGUAGGGAUUAUGACUCAUUAGAGAAGAAUUGCCGCCCAAGUAAGAAUGUUGCAAAUGGUGAUUAUGAUGUCAAGCCUAGCAGGCUCCAGAGUGGAGUGCUGCGGACCAACUGCAUAGAUUGCCUUGAUCGUACAAAUGUUGCCCAAUAUGCAUAUGGUUGGGCUGCUCUAGGGCAACAGCUUCAUGCUUUAGGAAUUAGAGAUGCUCCAACAAUAGAACUUGAUGAUCCUUUGUCUAGUACUUUAAUGGGGUUAUACGAGAGAAUGGGAGACACACUAGCUUAUCAAUAUGGUGGAUCUGCAGCCCACAAUAAGGUUUUUAGUGAAAGGCGAGGCCAGUGGAGAGCAGCAACCCAGUCACAAGAGUUCUUGAGGACUCUGCAACGUUAUUAUAAUAACGCAUAUAUGGAUGCGGAUAAACAAGAUGCCAUUAAUAUAUUUCUUGGUACUUUCCGGCCUGAACAAGGGAGCCAGGCGGUUUGGGAGUUGCGUUCAGAUUCCCACUCUAAUGGACGAAGUGGAGAGAUAAGCAUGGGGGAAGAUGAAAAGUUUCUUGUAAAGAGGUGCUUAUCAGAUGGGAAUAUUCUCCAUGAAAGUCACACUCCGAUGUCUGCAAUGAGUAGAAAGAAUGAAAGCAUAUCACAUAGAGGUUUUGUGUCGUCACACCAAGUGACUCGUACUCAUAUAAUUUCAGAAUCAUCACCAGAUAUGCCAGCUGCCGGUGAUGUAACAUUAUCGAGGUGUACUCCGUCAAUGCCUAGCACACAUUUUUUUGGAGAUGUCCAAAAAGUUCAACAUAAUGGUAGUAGCUCCAUUUACUUGUCCGAGCAAGAAGAUAUGUCUAGUGUCUCAAAUUUCGUUGAUAUUGAGUGGCUUUCGUCGUCAGAAAAUCUAUGUGAGAACGAUCACUUGUCCAGGCCGUCAGCGCUUACAAUAUAUUCAACCGCAGAGACGUCUUCAUCAGAGAAUAUCAUCACUGAAGUAAAACAAUUGACGCCAGCUAUGAGAGAGAGUGGAUCAAGCAGCAGGAAGGGAAAAGAACCAGUGGAAACCGAACUGUCUGUACACACAAAGAUUCGCGAUGAUUUCCCAGAUAGCUUCAAACAAUGGGUAGCAUACGGGGAAGCACUCUGCCAUUGAAGAUCUCUCAACUUUCCAUUUCCAACAAAGAACAUACUUUGCUUUCACCAAACUUAAAAGUCUUCUGAACAUUUGGGUAUAACGGUGCAAACAUGGAGAAGCGACUGGUGGAAAGAUCCUCAGUACCAUGUAUAUGAGGCUUCACGGUGACGACCGAACGGUCAAAAGAGAUAGAACUAUUAAGAGGAGCAAAUACUAAAUAAGCUGAGAAGUUUGAGUUUGCAGUCUUGCAGAGAAAACGAAAAUUUCAUCUUUAUGGAGAGAAGAAAUUAAACUUGUGAUAAUCUGAGACUUUUGUUAGGGUCUUUUUUUGGGGGGUUUGAAGUCUGUUGUAAAUAUCUGUAUCAUUUGUUAAUCCAUCUCGUAAGGUCUUUACUAUUCGUAAAAAAAAAAUCCAUUCGUCUAACCUGUAGUCGCUUCAAAACACAACUGCAUUUUUGCGUUUCGCGGUCUGGGGAGAGUUCUAAAUGCUAAUUUUCUGUUGGUUUUGACUGGCCUGCGAUUUCAUUGGUUUAAGAACUAAUCUUCAAAUAGUUAAAGAGGAUCUUUCAGGGCUUGUCCUUUUGGUUUUGAGCCAAGUUACAAAUCGUUCGACAUCUUUCAGGGAUCCACACCAUCCUUGCAUUGCCUAACUCGACCAAAUGAU